UUCAAAUCAACCCCCAUCAAGCACACACAAACACACACACACACUUAUGCGUGUUUGUGCGUGUGUGAGACAGCACCUCGGCCAAUCGGGUCGUCCAUGGGCGGGGCAGCAGAGUAUAAGUGUCUCAGGUGAGCAGCGGCAGGUGUACAGAGCAGGACAGGUGCAGGAGGACGACACCAGCUGUGGGUUUGGCUUUUUCAAACAAACAUUUUUCAUUUUCAUAUAAACACACGCACACCAGCUGAAGAGGACACCACCACAUGUUUAUGCAGAAGUAGAGAGACGGGACAGUGAAGAAAGAAAAGAAAGAAAGUAGUCUCCAGCAUGGCGUCCUUCGUCCCGGAGCAGGGUCUGUCCCCCCCACCGUGUGGACGCUCCCUCGCCCAGGGGGAGCUUCCCUCCCUGGGCCUCGACCCAUCUGACUUCAGCCUGUACAGCCCUCCAGCUCCUCCAGAGUCCAGCCUGUCUUCCUCACCGUGGCUCCCACCGUCCACCUACCCCAGCGACCCUUACCUCUGCUUCAACAGCCCAGACACGGGCCCCCUCUCCGGGGCCGCAGGGCCCCCCGAACUGCCCCCAGGACUCCCCCCAGCGUUCAGAGGCUUCUUCCCCCAUCUCUACAGCUUCCACAGGCCCCUGCUCUCCAGCUGCCCCUGGUUCUCCCUGUCCUCCCCGGACGACAUGCUGCGCCUGGUCCGUCCGCCGUACUCCUACUCCGCCCUCAUCGCCAUGGCGAUCCAGAGCGCGCCCGAGCAGCGGCUGACACUCAGCCAGAUCUACCAGUACGUCUCCGAAAACUUCCCCUUCUACAGCUGCAACAAGGCCGGCUGGCAGAACUCCAUCCGCCACAACCUGUCGCUCAACGACUGUUUCCGGAAGGUUCCCCGUGACGAGAACGACCCAGGUAAAGGAAACUACUGGACUCUGGACCCAAACUGUGAGAAGAUGUUCGACAAUGGAAACUUCCGCCGUAAGAGGAAGAGGAAGCUGGACAACGCGACCACUGGCAAGAAACCUUCCUCCUCCUCCUCCUCCUCCUCCUCAUCGUCUGACUCCUCCUCAUCAGAGCCCAGCCCUAAAAUUCCCAGCAGACACUGCUGCAGCGGCGGUGGCAGCACUGACCUCCCUGCUCUCUCGGACGCCACCCCCGGCCUCAGCAGCUUCCUGUGUCACCUCCAGGACUCCCUCCUCCCUUCUGCUCCCGUGGGCUCCCCCUCGCUGUGCAUGCAGGUUCCCGACCACGCCUCCCCGCCUCCUCCCCCCGCGCUUCCUCAGGGAUACGUCUGCUCUUACUCGCCCGGUGCCGUGCCCGGCUCCCCGCCUCUCUACGUCGACCUGCAGACGGCGUCCUGCCCUCUGCCAGAGCUCCAGGAGACCCAGCAGCUGCAGCAGCUUCAGGCCCAGUGCGAGCCUCUCUUCUCCGGGGGCUUCGCUGACGCUCUGCCCCUCGAGGCUCUGGUUCUGCAGCAGUGA